AUGUAUUCAAUUCCUAAAUAAAUUAAGAAUAUACUUAGAAUAGAAAUCAUAUUCAUAAUAAUCUUGAUCAUUAUGAAUAUCACUUUAUAUUUUUUAAAUAUUGCUGAGAAUAAUAUAAAGACUUGUUCAUUAUCAUUUAAUGCUAUAGAAAGAUGUUUUAACUUUGAAAAUUAAUUGAUGUAUAAAUAAAGAAUGACUAAUACUUAAUGUGACUAUUGUAGUAUGUUAUUAUGGUUGAUGCCAAUUAAUAUUAUAAUGUUAUUUAUGAUGAUACUUAUAAUCAUUAAUAAAAUUAGAUAUUACAUUAAAAACUAUAUGAAUAAAUUGCAUUUUGUGGAAAUAAUCUAUUUUGGAUUGUAAUUUGUAUAUAAUCUUUUUAUACUUUUCUAUAUUUUUAAAAUGCCAAUAAAUUAAAAUUACAGAACUAAAUUAUCACCAUUGAUAAUUCUAUUUGUAGAAUCCUUAAUCAAUUGUUUAAUAUGUAUAUUAUUAAAAAUAGAUUAAAUCUAUACAAUUAAUUAUUUGCGUGUAACAAAUAAGAAAGAAUCCUAAAUGUAAAUUUAACUCUUAUUAUGA